AGGAUAGCUAAAUUGUUAACAUUGCUGGACCUGGGAAAUGGGUUCAUGUAACAUUCUGUGAUUUUUAAGACCACUAUUGUAUAGAGGGAGUAUUUAUCUAGGACUCUGCCCUCCCUGCCUCUAGGUUAUGGCUUAGUUAUUGUGAAAGUGAGGAGGGAAGGAGGCUGGCCCCUGAGGGGAUGGGGUGGAAGGAGGUGGCCUGGAGUAAUGCAGAGCAGAAGGGUCUUUGGGGAAUUUAUUCAAAGGAGGGAGAAACUGAUUUGGGGUUAGACAUCUGGAUUCCAGCCCUGGCUGUGCCAAUUACACUUGUGCCUGUAUAGUAUAGUAGGACAAGCUGGCCUGGGCCUCGAAUUCUUCAUCUGUAAAAUGAGGAUUAGAUCAGAUCUUCCAGUUACAUAUUUAUGAUCCUAUCACUGAUUGGAAGGAGCAGCUGACUAAGGUGAAAAAAGCCCUAUCAACAACCUACAUCCCGACCAGUGGGAGGGUUGUCCGGGCAUUCCUGGUGCUAGGUCUGGGGUCUCGGCCAUGCCUCAGCUCCAACUCUGGAGGGCGCCGCUGGCCUCGGGACAGACUCCGGGAAGCGGCGCUCUAGCUACCUUCUCUCUGUGGUCAAACAUGGUGGCUAGCUGAAGGCGGCCGGUCCCGUGCUACGCCUGCAGGACCCCAGAGCCCGCUCGCCAUGGCCCGCCUUCCGCAGCUGGCAGUCUUCGACCUGGAUUACACUCUCUGGCCCUUCUGGGUUGACACACAUGUGGAACCCCCAUUCCACAGGAACAGGGACGGAAGUGUGCGGGACAGCAAUGGGAAGAUUGUUAGACUGUACCCAGAAGUGCCCGACGUGCUGGAACGUCUCCGUGGCCUGGGGGUGACCAUCGCUGCUGCCUCCCGGACCGGUGAGAUUCAAGGAGCCAAUCAGCUCUUGGAGCUUUUUGACCUCACUAAAUAUUUUGCACACAAGGAAAUUUAUCCAGGCUGCAAAGUCACACACUUUGAGAGAUUGCAGCAGAAGACUGGUAUCCCCUAUUCCGAAAUGAUCUUCUUCGAUGACGAGAAGCGGAACAUCGUAGAUGUCAGCAAACUGGGUGUCACCUGUAUUCAUGUCCAGAGUGCAAUGAGUCUGCACACUCUGACUAAAGGCCUAGAAACAUUUGCAAAGUCCUGAGAUGAACUCUCAGAUGCAGCCCUGCAAAUGGGAUCCCUGGCUCUCUACCCCAGCAGGAAGAGAACAAGAAUGAGGAAUGCAUUUUCAGGUCAUCUGUGAAUUGUAAAACACAUUUGUAUGUGAGCAUACAAGACCCUUCAUUUGGUCUAAGUCCUUUUUGUGCUCCUGUGUAUGGGCCGAGACUGCCCAGGACUGAUUCAGAGCUUUGCUUCUCAGUGCAGUCUGUUUCUUGAUGUGUCAUCACAAGACCCCUGACUCGUGGCAAAUAAAGCUUCCUAUGACAUA